AUGCCUUCUCGUAGGCUAUCAUGUGCUGUUGGUGUAUGUAAUAAUUACUAUAUUAAAACAAAGAAAUUGUUGUAUGAAGGAUAUCCUAUUACAUACCAUUAUUUUCCAAGGAGUACUGAUCUGUGUAAUCGUUGGAUUGAAGCUUGCAACAGAGCUGAAAAUUUUAAGGCUGAAGUUUGUUUUGUAUGCUCUAUUCAUUUUCGAUCCGAUGACUUCACUAAACAACCAACUGAUUCAAUUUCUUCACAACCAAAGAGAAGAUUAAAGUAUAAUGCUGUGCCUACAAGAAACUUGACAUUAGAUGAAAUGAGAUCAUUUGUCCAUAGAAAGAACUUGAAAAAGACCAAGGUAUUUUCAGAUCUUAAGGCUGUAAAUAAGAGUGGUCGAAAUAAUAAUAGUAAAAUUAUGAAAAAUUCAGAUAGCAUCUCGGAUAAUGAAAUCAUCACAAUGGAAAAAAACUGUGAGAAACUUUUAAAGGAGUAUGAGGAUUUGAAAAUAAACUCUAAGAUUGAAAUUGAAAGAUUGAAAUCAAUGAUAAAGGAAAAGGAUGAGAUAUUCACUACGAAAUUGAGGAAAAUUCUUUCUGAGCACUUGACAGAAACAGAAAUCGAUUUGGUUCUGUUUCUAAGAAAACAGAAAAAAGAAUUGGCCGAUUCUUAA